AAACGCUUAAAAGAAAUUACGCUUUUUAUGGUAGGUGGCAGAGAUUUUUUUUUUUAAUUUUAUGACUGAAUUAAGAGGAGAUCUCUUCGUAUUCGUUGUCGGAGUCACAGUCUCAUAAAUAUUCAGUAGAUUGACGAGUCAUAAAGACCGCCUUUCCUGCACCAACGACACAUUCAGCAUCCUCGGGCGCAACAUCUCACUGAGCUUUCGUCAGACUCCGAGUCGGUUUCAUUGUGACCGGGGCGACUUUUAAUUUCCGAGAAUGGCUUUGAGAGGAGCACUUUCCCGUCUUUCCCACUCUUCCCGUCAUUUCAACCAUACUUACCAGCAAAGCAGAGCUCAUUCGGUGGCCGUGCUUGGCGCUCCGUUUUCAAAAGGACAAAAAAAGAGAGGUGUGGAGCAUGGCCCUAAAGUCAUCAGGGAUGCGGGGCUCAUGGAGAGGCUUUCAAAUUUUGACUUUUCUGUCCAUGACUUUGGGGAUCUGAACUUCCAACACCUGGAGGAGGAUGAGCCCUACAUGGAUGUAAAGUUCCCGCGGACUGUGGGUGCAGCAAAUAAAAAGCUGUCUGCAGCAGUGAGGAAUGCUGUCAGUGCUGGCCACACUCUUCUUAUGCUGGGAGGUGAUCACAGCCUUGCUGUUGGAUCAGUGAGCGGCCAUGCCCAGCAUAGUCCUGACCUGUGCCUUAUCUGGGUUGAUGCUCAUGCAGAUAUCAAUACCCCUAUGACCUCCCCUUCAGGAAACCUCCAUGGCCAACCUGUGGCAUUCAUGCUCAAAGAGCUGCAAGACAAGAUGCCAGAUAUCCCUGGGUUCUCCUGGACUAAGCCAUUUCUCAGCUCAAGAGACCUGGUGUACAUUGGACUGCGGGAUGUUGACCCUGGGGAGUACCAAUUCCUCAAGAGCUUUGGUAUCCAGUAUUUCACCAUGAGAGAUAUCGACAGACUAGGCAUCCAAAGGGUCAUGGAAGUCACUUUCGACCAUCUUCUGGCAAGAAAACAACGACCAAUACACUUGAGCUUUGACAUCGAUGCAUUCGACCCGUCUCUGGCUCCCGCCACAGGAACACCGGUAAAUGGAGGUCUGACCUACAGAGAGGGAAUCUACAUCGCAGAGGAAAUUCAUAACACAGGUCUGCUGUCAGUCAUGGACAUGGUAGAAGUAAAUCCUGACCUUGGGGCAAGUCCUGAAGCUGUGGAGGCUACUGCCACGUUAGCAGUUGAUGUCAUUGCAUCAUCACUGGGACAGACGAGAGAAGGCGCUCACACAUCCAUGGACGAAAUUCCCCCUGGGAAAAACGACACAGAGCUUCGCCUCUAAGGGCAUGAAGCAAAGCUAUGGACUUCAACACUGUCAUCCCUGACCAUUCCACAGAUUUAAAUACAAUACUGCAAAGACUAUAUCUAUUUGAAAGGUGACAGUUUAAAGCUUUUUUUUUUCUUCUGCUGCUUGGUCUUUCACUUUGAAAGCUAAAUUAUGUCGGGAUUCAUGAAACUACGAAAGGGCUUUGCAUAAUCUUUCUUCAUAUUGAUAAUGCUGAGAAACGUCUUUGACAGAAUUUAGACACCAAUACAGCUAUUGGGGAUACAGCAAUACUAACUUAUUUUAUUAUUAUUAUUAUUAUUAUUAUUAUGUGUAAUAACUUGUCUGGCUAUCUCUGAUAGCACACUGCAAACCUCCAAUAAGUGGCUAAGAAAUGAUGGGUGGGUGGUUAAUCUUAGGUGUGCGUUGCCACAGCUGCCAAGUAUCUAUCAUGUUUGGUUUAUGAGAGAAUUAGUGUGCAUCAGCGGUACAAAAAGUAUUGAGUAUGGACGAUUGAAGUUCACAGUCUACUUUAGACUGUUUUGUGGCUGUGCCAGUUAGUUAAAACUAGAAGUAUGCUAUCACUUCUGUGAUAGUUGUAGUUACUGUAUUUUCUUUAGAGUUUACUUUUGUAUUUUUACUGUGAAUCAAUACAUGGACUAUAGUGAUUUGUGCACCACUAUUUCAGCAUCCCUGGAAAAAGUAAUAACUAUUUGAAUCAUUAUGCGUGAACUAAAGUAUGGCUUGUUAUCUAUGUUUAGUUUAAUUUGGCUACUGAAUGACUAUUGUCCUUGUAACAAAGAGCUUCUAUUUUGGUCUUCCUUUAAUAUGAUUAAAAUUUUUUGUUUGUUUCUA